GCCACGCCGUCAGCUACUUGUGCUACUGACACCAAGAGCGAGACAAGAGAGGCUGAGGGAUGGAGACACAGUAGUGGCGGUGCCGCACAGAGCAGCUCAGGCACAACACACCGCGGCGCAGCUCGUGUAUGAAUGUGGCGCGACACAAAAGAGAGAGAGAGAGCGGCAUCUUUGCGCACAAGUCAGACGGAUAUUUUUGUGCCGGGAGCGUCGCCGCGACUCGACAGUGAUGUCUGUGUGCAGAAUUUUGUUUAGUGAGAAAAUACGGAUUAAUCUGAGGCUGUGAAUUCCUCGGAGAUAUUACAGCUGUGUGGACAGAUUGGGAAGCCAGGCAGGUGCAAAUCGGAUUCCAUACAUUUGUGAUUGAAUGUGAGACUACUUUGACCCUACAAAAUUGAAGAUGAUGUUGCUAUGGAAACUGCUGGUGCUGCAGUCACUUAUGGGGUGCCUUGCAGAGAGCAGUGUCCUGCAGAGUCCUGUCUUCACCAAGCAGCCCGGCAGCAUCGUGUAUCCUGUGGAAACCCUGGAGAGGAACAGGGAGGUGGUGUUCAGCUGCGAAGCCAAGGGAAGCCCACCCCCCAUCUACCGGUGGAAACUGAAUGGCACGGAAAUCAGUCCCAAAUCUGGAUCUCACUACAGCCUUUCUGGCGGCAAUCUUAGAAUCAGCCAUCUGAACAAAGACCAAGAUGCUGGAACGUAUCAAUGCCUCGCCUCCAACUCUUUCGGGACCAUUGUCAGCCGAGAGGCCAGUCUAACCUUUGCAUACUUGGAAAACUUCAAGACUCACAGAAGAGGCUCUGUAUCCGUCCGUGAAGGUCAAGGAGUGGUUCUGCUGUGCGGCCCUCCACCACAUUCUGGAGAUCUUGUAUUUUCCUGGAUCUUUAAUGAAUACCCAACGUUUGUGAAGCAGGACACUCGUCGCUUCAUCUCACAGGAGACAGGGAAUCUGUACAUCGCCAAAGUGGAGCCCUCAGAUGUCGGCAACUACACCUGCGUGGUGACCAACACCGUCACAAAGACCCGAGUCCAGGGUCCACCCGCUCCACUGGUGCUCCGCAGUGAUGGUGUGAUGGGUGAAUAUGAGCCAAAGAUUGAAGUUCAGUUUCCAGAGGUUGUUCAUGUUGCCAAAGGAUCCACUGUAAAGCUGGAAUGCUUCGCCCUGGGAAACCCAGUACCCUCUAUAACCUGGAGGAAAGUGGACGGCGUACCCUUCCCCAGGAAAGUGGACAUGAGGAAAGCCAGCGGUGUCCUGGAAAUCCCAUAUUUCCAGCAGGAGGACGCCGGCAUGUACGAGUGUGUGGCUGAGAACUCGAGGGGAAUGAACACCGUGAAAGGAAAGCUCUCGUUCUACGCCCCUCCUCACCUCAUUGAGAAACCCCAAGAUGUGCAGAAGCUCAUUGACGACUCGCUGGUGUGGGAGUGUAAAGCCACAGGGAAGCCGAAGCCGUCUUACAGGUGGAUGAAAAAUGGAGAGAACCUGGAGUCUGCUGAGGAGCGCGUACAGGUUGCCAAUGGGGCGUUGUCAAUCAGUCGCCUGACCCUGGCCGACAUGGGAAUGUACCAGUGUGUGGCCGGGAAUAAGCAUGGCGAGGUCUACUCCAACGCAGAGCUGCGAGUUAUAGCUGUUGCCCCAGAUUUCUCUCACAAUCAACUGAGGAGCCAGACGCUGGUGAAGGUGGGAGGAGAUGUGCUCAUCGAGUGCAAGCCCAAGAUGUCUCCUUGGGGUGUGAUCUCUUGGCGGAAGGGCAGCGAACCACUCCGAGAAAGUAACAGGGUCUCGAUUCUCAACAACGGGAACCUUCGGAUAUGGAAUGCAACCAAAUCCGACGCAGGUCUCUACACCUGUGUGGCAAGAAACCAGUUCGGCGUGGCGAGCAGCACAGGAAGCGUCACAGUUAAAGAGCCGACCAUCAUCACCACCCUGCCGUCCACGCUGGACGUCACUGUGGGGGAGAGUGUGGUCCUGCCCUGUCAAGUGAGCCAUGACCCAUCUCUGGAGCUCAAGUUCACCUGGUUCUUCAACGAGCAGCUCAUCCACUUCGGGAGCCACGGGGGAUUUUUUGAAAAAGUGGGGGGUCAGCAUUCGGCAGGAGACAUUAUGAUUCGAAACAUCCAGCUGAGGCAUGCUGGGAAGUACACGUGCGCCGUGCAAACGAAGGUGGACAGCAUUUCCAUCGCUGUUGACUUGGUCGUCAGAGGUCCCCCGGGGCCCCCCACCAGCAUCCAUGUAGAAGAAAUCACUGAUACCACAGCCUCUCUGUCCUGGAGGCCUGGUCCUGAUAAUCACAGUCCAAUUACAGCAUAUACCAUCCAGGCCAGGACACCAUUUUCCCUCGGGUGGCAGGCUGUCACCACAGUUCCUGACGUGGUGGGGGGCCACCGGCUGACAGCUACAGUAAUAGACCUGAGCCCUUGGGUGGAAUAUGAGUUUCGAGUCCUGGCAAGCAACACCAUCGGGACCGGCGAGCCCAGCAAGCCAUCCAAACAAGCAAGGACAAAGGGGACCUCUCCGAAGGUCACACCAGCUAAUGUGAGUGGAGGCGGUGGCAGUCGUUCAGAAUUAGUCAUCACAUGGGAGCCUGUUCCAGAGGAGCUGCAGAAUGGGCCGGGUUUCGGCUACGUCGUGGCUUUUCGACCCCGCGGUGCCACAGGGUGGAUGCAGGCUGCCGUGCCAUCCGCCGAGACGUCCAGAUACGUCUUUAAAAAUGAGAGCAUCCAGCCUUUCUCGCCUUUCCACGUGAAGGUCGGAGUUUACAACAAUGAGGGGGAAGGGCCGUUUGGACCUGUUACUACUAUCUACUCUGCUGAGGAAGAGCCUGGCCGAGCGCCCACCAGGGUUCGUGCCAAGAGCCUCUCUGCAUCCGAGAUUGAAGUUUCAUGGAAAGCUCUGCCCUGGAAUGCCAGCAAGAAGAGAGUGCUGGGCUAUGAGCUGAGGUACUGGAGUAGAAGUGAAAGGGAAGACACAGCCAGCGUGCAAAGGACUGUGGGAAAUCAAACAUCUACUAUUAUCCAUGGGGUGAAAGGCAGCACCACAUAUUACAUCUCAGUGAGGGCGUAUAACACUGCAGGGACAGGGCCUCCCAGCACCACUGUCAAUGUUACCACCAAGAAACCACCACCCAGUCAGCCACCAGUUAAAGUGAUGUGGAACACAUCAAACUCCAAGAUUAUACUGAACUGGGAGCAGGUCAAAGCCCUGGAGAAUGAGUCAGAGGUCACCGGUUAUAAAGUGCUCUACAAGAAGAACCGACACAGCCGCCCCAAUGUCAUGGAAACCAACACCACCUCUGUGGAGCUCGCGCUGCCCACUGAUGAGGAUUAUAUUAUCCAGAUAAAGCCAUUUGGAGAGGGAGGGGAAGGCAGCAGUAGCAGACAGAUCACCAUCCCAAGGAUACCAGGCCCCAACGCAGUUGGCUCAGCAUCCAAGGUCUCAACUCUAUCAGCACUCAGUACAAUAGCACUGUCUUUCACAGCGCGGACAUCUUUAUGACAAACAGCUCUCAGCAGACAUUGCAUCUGAUGCGGAGACAGCUCUAUGGUGGAACGCAAACACAGCCCACUCUGGUGUAACUAGAUCCAUUCAUUUAGAUUUUAGAGGCAGAAGGAAGAAGCUGACAAAAAAAGCUGACAAAAAAAUAAAAAAUAUGCCAUUGAGAUAUCAGGGAAGGAGUCCCCUUCAGCACCCAGGCUAAGAAAAGGAGAUUGACCGAUGUCGUGACUAUGUUGUUACCAAAGCAGCUUUCAUAAGAAAAAAAGUAAAGAGAAAAAUGUCUUAUAUGCAUCUUUUUGUAUGACAUGUUGAGCUUUUAUAGAUUUUGUUUUCUUAAUAAAUUGAAAGUCAGUCUGGGCUUAUUGGGGUACAAUUAGGUGCAUGGCAAAUAAAAUCAUCAAAUUUUCCAGUCUGGAGGUUUAAGAAUGUGAUUUGACAGCGUACCUUUUGUCUUCUUAAAUAAGUUAAGACUUGGGCUGUAAAAGACCAGAGAAGUUUCUUUUUCUUACAGUGGAUGAAUUAUUAUCUGUUACCCGUUGCAUCUUCACAUUUCUGUUUGUGCAAUAUUUCAACAAUAUUUCACACAAAAGACUGCAUCGACAUGUUGAGUGUUUUUCAUUAUUGGUCAUCUGAUGUGAAGAGAGGAUUAGCAUCGAAAAUCAUGUCUCUAGACAGCACAUGCUAAUGCCUUAUGAUACUAGUAAAGUGUUAAAGGAGCUAUUUGUAAGUUUUGCGAGUGUUAGCAUUAACAACUGUUUUCUUAACAGGCUAGAAGGAACAU